UGAGUACCACUAAAUUGGUAUUGAAGGGUCCUUUUUGGUCGAAAUUGGCCGUAGUGUCUGAAAUAAAUUUCAUGACUUUUCAAAGAAUUCAGAGGAACCUAAAGCAGCCUUUGUCAGUUGUCACGUGACUAUCAUUAUAAAUAACACUAAUCUGUCUCAGUUUACUUAUCAUCGCUAAGGCUGACGUGAGAAAAUAUAUCCAGUUUUGCAUAUUUUAAAAUUUCAAAGAGACAGAAUUUUCUCCAAGCUUUCCAACAAGUUGUACGAUCUAUUCUGCAAUUUUCUUCGAUGAUCUCUUAACUUAGGGACUUCAGCUGUUUUCAAGUCAAAACCAAGACAAACAGGGACAAGAAUAUAUUGACGGGUAAAACUACAUCGGUAAUAGCAAUCAUCCUGAGUUGGUUAAAAACUUAGGAAACAGAUAAUUCUGAAUUUAGAAGAAUAACUGGUUUUUUUUUCCUGGGAGAUAAGAUGUAGUGAAUUUUUGUUGAUAUCUAGCGUCGAUCAUAAGUUCCCUUACUUCUCGGAAAUGAGUGUGUCUGCGGAAAAGCAGACUCAUCUGAGCGGCCAUAAGUGGCACAUUUCAGAACUUGAAUUCAGUCCUGGAGGGUUACAUCUCGCAUCUAGUAGUUGGGAUAAAACUGUGCGGAUAUGGGAUCUUAGUACGCUAGAAUCAGUGUUUGUCUUGAGGCAUCAUCGUAGCCCUGUGACCUGUCUUUCUUGGCAACCAGGAGUGGAGACCGCGGGUUGUCUUGGCGUACUUGCUUCGGGUUCUGCAGAUAGUACUGUAGCUUUGUGGAGCGGAGAGACAGGAAAACUUCUGCAGUCACUUUCACCUCAUACAGGAUGGGUGUUGGGUACUUCCUUCUCAAGCAAUGGCACUUUACUAGCUUCUGCUGCUUGGGACAAAACUGUUUGUCUGUCCGAUGCGCGUACGGGACAAAUGUUGCAGAAACUGACAGGGCAUUCGACUGGUGUAUGGACGUGUGCCUUCCAGACGAGCAUCGGUUCGGGUCUACUUUGUUCAGGCGCUGAUGAUGGUUCUUUAAAGAUUUGGGACACGCGAAUUGCAAGCUCGGUUAUGAGUUUGGUAGGUGGACACGAAGAUAGCGUGAAAUGUUGUGCUUGGUCUCCAGAUGGGGGUUACAUCGCUUCUGGUGCUACUGAUAGCAAGAUUUCUUUAUGGGAACCAAGAAGUGGAACAUUGCUGAUCAAAAUCAGAGGACAUGAAGAUGCUGUAAAUAAGUUGCAGUUUUAUCCUGUUAUCAGCAGCAAAUCAGUUCCACUGAUCUUUUCUGUUGGAGACAAUUCAUGCCGUGCAUGGCACCCAUUGAGGAAGCGUGGUAAACAGCUCCAGAUGAUCAAACAGCACAGGGUAGGAUCAGAGGUGGAGGCCCUUUCUCUGUCCCCAGAUGGGACCCUAUUGGCCACAGGUGCUCGUGACAAAGACAUUAUUUUGUCUUCACUGGAUGUAUCUCUUACUGAGGUUGAUGCACUUCCUAUUGAAGAUCAAAAUGAAGCUGCAAUAAAUUAUGGUGCUACACUAUGGAAGAAGUACACCCGUAAAGUUAUGCAGAGAAUGCUUAGUGAACCUGGUGCUGGGAUAGAUGACAAGAAUGACUUUUCUCAAUCUUCAAAUAAUCCCAAAAACACAGCAUCUUUGGUUGGACGUGCUGUUAACAGGACUGAGAGUAAAGCAAAAGAAAAUUUUGCAAAAGAAGCAGUGAUACAUGUGAAUAAAGUUGAUAAAGAUCCUCAGUCUGAUGGCAAGCUACGAGAGCAGAGAGCAAGACUGCGCAAAAGUUCAAGACCAGACCCCCCUCUAAGCAAUGGUCCUGUAAACAAUUCAGCACAUGAGAUAGAUGAAGUACGACAACAACUACGACAUGUAAAGCUUGACAAUCACAUACAAAAUGGGGUAAUGAAUGGUCAUCAGCAUGCUGACACAAAUGAUAAUUUUUCCCAUUCCAAUUCUUGUGACAAAGGUCAGGCAGGAAUAUAUGAGAAUGGUGAGUUAUCACCCAAGAGAAAUGGAUACCAUAGCCAUGGGGACAGCUCAAGUACUGGCAGCAGCAGUUACUUUGGUGACAUUGAGGAUGUUGCCAAGGAGAUGUAUGAUUUGGCAAAUGGUGGAAGAGAUGCCAGACUGUAGAUAGGCAGGUGAUGUCCUUUUUCCUGGAUCUGAGAUGCACCAGGUUUCAAAAGAGUAUUGUUUUCUAACAAUCAAGGAAGAGCAAUGACUGAUAUGAAUCAGCAGAUUAUGAACAAUAGUCAAACUCUUUUUGAUGAUGAAUCUUGAUAACUUAGUGUAAUGUGGUUGUAAAACAUGGUUAAAAGAACCAAGUUUUUUUGGAAAAAUCCAUUUUUCGGGAUUAAGCAAUCAAAUAGGUCUAUUAAAUGUAAACUCAGGUGAAAAAGUUAGGGUUAGGGUAUCCUUUAGGGUUAGGGUUAAAGUGCAUGCAAAGCCCAAUUUUUUUUUUCGCUUA